AUGCCAGAUAAAGUCAUUAAAGCUCUCAAUGCAGUUCUUGUAACUCAAAAGCUUAGUAUUGAUCGUAUUUCAAACACUUUUGAUGCUAAAUUCAAAGAUUUAUCGAAACAAUUUGAUGCAAUAAAAGAUCUAAUAAUUUCCUUGCAUCCGACCAACAACAACUCGAGUGCAAAUAACCUGAACGCUGUGAAUGCUGAUAUGAUGGCUGCGGAAUUCAAUGCCAGAAAAACAGCUGCUAAUAAAACACGUCCGAACAGUAGCACGUCUAACUUGUUAACUUCUUACAACAAUAACUACUUUUGUUCCUCGCCUGGUGUUUUUGAGUUUUCCGCUGUCCCUCAUCCAUUUAAUUCGCCACGAGCACAGUUUGUGAGUAACGUUAACGGUAUCUCUGCCGCUCGUUUGGAUUCUGCUGUGACAAUCGCUACAGCUGUCAAUACACUUGUAACAAACGAUAGCACAUACACCUCUGUCAAGAGGAGUGCAAAACUAUCGCGCUCUCCGGUGAGAAAGCAACUACGCUCUGCUGGACUCUUGCCCACUGAGCAACAACAGAAAGUACGCGAAAUACAAGCGCAUAAUGGCUUUAAGGAAGGCGAGAAUGAGCGAAUGAUGGAGAGGAGAGAGGAUGCACUAACACUACUAGGCGAGAAGAUCCGUGAGCUUAUCAACAUGAUCGAAGCUCAGAGCCGUGUCAACAUACCCAUGAAAGAUGUUACAUCUACAUCUCCAAAAGAACUAAUUGGUCGGACGCUACAACAACAACCGCUGCAGAUUAUCAACGAGGGAAUAACAAAAACCCACGGUAGUGCACCGCCUACAGAUCAAAGCGCGGCAACAGGCCCAGCAUCCAGCCAAUCGGAGGAGCAGUAGACUGAAGUAAAGACUGAAAGAACUUAGUGCUAAUGUCAAGAAUAUCCGAAAGACGGCCAAAAAUUAGUUGCUCUUUGAGCUGAAAAAACCACGACCCUGCUACCCAGAAAUUUAAAACUGCGGCUGAGCAUAUACUUGGGGAAAGCGCCCAUGUGCGCUCGCUUACUCAAGAGUCUCUUCUAGAGGUGAAGGAUAUAGAUGAGGUAACGACGAAAGACGAGGUGUCUAAUCUGGAACCAACGGUAAUCCGCUCAAUGCGUGCUGGCUAUGGGGAUACGCAAAUAUGCACCCUUAGCCUGCCGUCAGUGAUUGCCCGAGAGCUAGUAGGAAAAGCCAAAAUACGCAUAGGCUGGGUCAAUUGCCGAAUAAGGUCUAAAGAAGUUCUGACGAGAUGCUAUAGGCGUCAUGAUUAUGGGCACAUGUCUAGAAACUGUAAGAGCGCAGGAACGAUCCGCGCUAUGUUUUAGAUGCGGAGGAAAGGAUCACAAGGCUAGAGACUACAAAUUCACCAUCUUGUUUCCCCUGUGCCAAAGCUGGUGAAAGUAGUACAAGACACGCGACCGGUAGUCGUAUGUGCGCCGUCUUCCAAAGAGCAAGAGGAAAACAACAGCACCAAUGAAAUUUCUGCAGUUGAACCUUAAUCACUGUCCAGCAGCGCAAGAUCUGCUCAACCCAACCGUAUACGAACUUGGUAUCGAUAUUGCGAUCCUUAGCGAACAAUAUAAGAAUAAAAGCGAAGCGUUUUGGGCUAGCAACACAACCAGUAGGUGCGCGAUAUGGAGCUGCGGAGCUCCCGACCUGUCCUUUAUAAGUGGAGGACUAAGCGGAACCACAAACUGGUACAUAAGCAAUGCUUACACGCAAAGCGAUCACAAGGCCAUAAUCAUAAGCAUUGAAAAACAGAGCCGCAACAACACCGCUGCCACGAGUGGAAAACAAAAAGCUUCGACGAAGAGCUGUUCGAAAUAGUCUUCGGUGAAGUAAAAAUAACCACCGUCGAGAAAGCGCCGAAAGAACUGAUGAAAGCACUCAAAAGUGUAUGCGAUAUUUCGAUGGCGAGAAGGAAACGACACAAUACACGCAAACCCGCUUAUUGGUGGAAUGAUGAAAUUGGCGAUCGGCGAGUACAAUGCAACCGGGUCAGAAGAGUGUGUCAGCGUGUUCGCACACGCAACGAAGCAAAUGCCGUUGAGCCUAGGCUGGUCUAUAAAUAAAAGCGAAAGCUCUUAAAAAACGCAAUACGUGACAGCAAGCGCAAAAUUUUCAGCGAUCUGUGUGAAGAUAUUAGCAAUAACCCGUGGGGACUCGCCUACAGGAUAGUCAUGAAAAAGCUAAAACGCACAACACAACCAACAUGCCCUGUUCUGCUGGCUCAAAUCGUACAGGUCCUCUUUCCGGCUCUACUUGAUUUCGUAAGGCCAACGCCCCGUGCUUUCACUGCUAUCCCUUGCAUAACCAUUGAUCCUGAGAGCUGGCAGAAACAUACCUUUACACAAAGCUCCAGGGCCCGAUGGGAUCCCGAAUAUAGCCCUAAAAAAGCCAUUGAGAUAAAGCCGUGCGCAUUUGCUAGCGCUUUCAAGACGUUCCUUCAAGAGGGCAUAUUCCCGAACAUCUGGAAACAGCAGCAACUUGUCCUUAUACCGAAAAAAACAAAUCCGUCGGCACCUUCUGACUACAGGCCACUCUGUAUGCUCGACUCCACGGGGAAGCUAUCCGAGCAGAUAAUUAAAAACCGCUUAGAAACUCAUGUAGAUAGACAUCUAUCAGAAAACCAGUUUGGCUUUAGAAAAAUGGGCUUUACGACUGAUGCGAUCGAGCUGGCAAAGUACAUAGCGGAAAAAGCGAUUGAAGGCAAACGUUGGCUGUGAGGCACAAAAGAAUACUGCCUGGUUGUUACGCUAGACGUAAAAAAUGCAUUAAAUAGUGCUCCUUGGAAGGAAAUCCGUCCCGCAUUACGAGCCCUAAGGUCGCAUUAUACCUGCAAGCCAUUCUGGGGAGCUACCUCAGUAACCAUACCCUCAGAUACAGCAGUGACAAUGGGUCUAAGGAUUAUGCACUCACGGCCGGAGUACCACAGGUAUCGGUGCUUGGAACAUCAUGUAUGAUGGAAUCCUACGCCUAUCCACCCCAGAUGGCGCCACUUUGGUUAGAUUUGCAGACGAUGUCUCAGUCGUGGUCACCGGGAAAACACUAGCAGAAGUAGUGGCGAUUGCGGAAAAGUCUAAUCAGUGCGGCACAAGAAUGGCUAUGUGCGAGAUCCCUCACACUUGCAACGCACAAAACAGAAGCAGUUCUUAUAAGCAGCCGCAAAAAAGUGGAAGGUGUAACACUAACUGUCGGAGGGAGUGUAAUCUCAUCAAAGCCCUACGUAAAAUACCUCGGGGUAUUGAUAGAUCAUCGUUUAUGCUCCCGAGAUCAUCUCAACGACGUCAACGAGAAGGCGGCGAGGGUAAGUCAUCUUUGUCCACACUGAUGGCAAACAUUGGGGGACC